UUUUCUUCCGGUUUUAGAAGAUCAACUCAUUUGAAAAAACAUAGGAUCACCUUCGCAGCUUCGUAAGGGGUUUUGGUUGCCAAGGUAACCCUAAAAGAGAGCAGUCGCGCCAUAAUCGACUUUGCCACUUCUAGCUGAUUGCAAUCAUAAGGAAUUUCUUCGUUGAUAUUACAGUCAAAAAUAGAAAACAGUGUAGAAUUUCUCGUACACGUGAAAAAAUCUUGAGUGAUUUACAAGCAAGGGCCAAUAACUCUGUUACUGACAGACAAGGUUCAAUUAACCGCGACGGUUAUUAGCUCUCAUGUCGUACUCGUGGUCAAAACUCUUAAAUCCUUUAACUCUAACGCCGUAUCAAAAACAAAAAUAGCCGCGAUAAAAUUAACGAGGAUAUUAACUAUUUUACGAGAGGCAAUGUGGAAGGUAUUUCCUUCUUUUGGAGUUCCAAGAUAGCACAGCAACGUUAUUUCGCUCGAUAUUUCCUUGGCGCCUAGAAGUUGUUUAUUUCGCCUCGGGCUUAAACAUAUUCGCGAGUGCUUUAGCUUAUUGCAGGUCACAAAAAGUUUUUCUUUUUUUAUCGAAAAAUCUGAGUCAUUCCGUUUAAGGGGAUACUUCCGUUUAUACAGCAGCCUUGUCUCUGACUUAUGACCAAGUGAAGGAUUAAGCAAAUGUCCAUAAACAGUUCUGGGUGGUCAGAUCGGUGUUGCUUCAAUCAGUGUCCACAUCAGUUCCACUCCAAAAGCGCGAGUUCAAAGGUUGUAUUGGUUUUAGUCACAACUAUAGAUUUGCAGAUAAACGUGUUUUGUACGACUUUGACCCCGUUUCCUAUGAAUGAAGGCUCCACAUGAUGUAAUAAGACAAUAGGAUUUUUGCUGCCUCUAACGCUCCAAUUUUCCCUCUCUGUCAACGUGCCGUGUAGUUGUCUAGGGGAGUACAAUUUCCUAACUUCGUCCAUUCUCAACUUGACAAAGAAGACAAAAGGAAAGCGUGAUAUUAGUAGACGGCGGUGGCGUUUAAUCUUCUUACCGGGUUCAAAGAUACAACUCACAAUUAUAACUUUUAGUCAUUAGCUUCGCAAUUUAAUUAUUCUACAUCUUUCUAAAAAGCUGAGUGUGACCAUUGAAAGCUCUGCCUGUUCUAUUUUUACAACCAGGUUCCUACUGACAAGAGAGCCCUUGUCUUGUUUCGCAUAGACAAUAGGACAAGGCACCUUUUGUUUUUGUCUUUGUUUAUUUUCAUCAGUGUAUUCUCAAAACAGAAAGUUAAGACCGUUCCCUGAAAAAAGAGAGGGAUGAUGAUGAUCGAGAAUUCGAGAGAUCUAUUUGAAUGAUCUUUUCAUAGACGGAGGAUAUCUUAUCAUUAAAAGUGAAAGGAACGUCAACGUAAGGACGAGUGAAAUAUAUUUAAGAGCACAUGUAGACAGAUCUGUCCUUGCGUCUUUCAGAGGUCACAUUAAAUGAUAAAAACGAACUUAAUACGAUAUGAAUUAUUGAUUGUGACCGCGAAAACAAGAAAUUAGCGAGAUCCAUCAAAGAUAUUGGCUUGAUUUGCAUUUUCUACAACUAAAUAUAGAAAGUAUCUGUAUGGGCAAAUAUUGGAACUCCAAGGCCUAGGAAAAUAUACUUAAAAACGCUAUCUUCACUUUACGUUCCAACAAAGUCACUGUCUAGGAAAACUUUCUAAUUAUUAAAGACUAAAAGACUUCACUAAUAAGCAAGUUUUCUUCAAAGCCGUAUAGCCUCUGUACACAGGGGUUAAUGCUAGCCAAAAAAAAAAGUAAUUGCAAAUUAGCUGGUUAAGAAACUUGCUCGGGGCCAUGUAAGGCAAUAAUUCCACACGUGCUAAAUAAGUUGAUUAAAAAACUGUGGCUAUAAGCGAAAAUUGCCCUGUGGCAGAUCAUGCUUUACAAACAUUGUAGCCUUAUCCGGGGACCGGUAGACGAGUCCGAGUAGAGAACUAUCAAAGAAUCUGCGCCUGUAGUAUAACUUUGUAAGCGGUCGUAUUUUAAAAAAUUGGCGCUAAACUCAAAAUGGCGGCGACUUUAGAGCAAAUGGCGGAAAUUUUCUCUUCAAAAAUCUCCAGUUUAAAGCGAUGCAUGGAAUUAAGAGGCGCAGGUAAGAUAAAAAAAACCAAAGAUUUUGUAUCAUGGUUGAUCGUUGAUGUCUCAAGGCUUCGAAAGUACAAAGAUGAUUCUAACAUUCUUUUGAUACAUGUAUUUGUUUUAAUUUCAAUAAAGGUUAUGCAAGAUGUUGCACAAAAAUUUAAAGAAAGACUUGAACACAUUGCAUCCAACCUCCCAUCACAUCUCCCUGGAGUUGAAAAGACAUCACAAAGAGUUGUUUUGAAAGAGGAAGUUGCAACAGAGAAUGUGAAAAAGCCAAGAAAGACCCGCAGAGCUAAAGAUUUAUCAAGCGAGGAUGGAUUUGAGUUUCCCAAGUUAGCAUAUCUCACAGUUGAAGAGUUUGAUCAAAUACCAAAGUACAUCAAGGGACGUACCUCCUAUGACCAAGUCAACAAUGCCAUUGAUGAAAUCCAUAAAGUCAUCACAGCAAAAUACAAGAUACUACGUCUUCCUCGCUCAGCAAUGGGGGAGCCAGUUAUGAAAAAAUACAAGGCUUUUAAAGAGGCUGAGAUACCAGACAUAGAGGGAGAGUAUUUUUUCAUCGAUGAUGAUCUAAAGACAUACUCACAAAUGAAGAUGGACUCCACUGGAAGGGCAAUUCUUACCAUGUUAAGACAUUGUGGCCGGCUCAGGGAAGUACGAGGAAAAAAACUGCUCAGAUAUGUUCUUAAACUGUGAAUGCUCACACUGAGCAAUUGAAACAUUUUACUCCAUGACAUGAUUAGUUAUGGCAUUGUAUAAGGCAAAGAGGUGUCUAUAUUUUCAGUCCAACUGUAACUUUACUUUUAUUCCCUUUACAGUGCAUAUCUUGAUCAUAUCUAAUAGACCUUUUUAAAUUACUCUUUACUUUCCUAUUGGCUUUGUUCUCUAGCACUUACAUAUAGAACUUAAUUCUCUGUAAAAGUAUGAAAUAAAUACAAAGAUACAAGUAGUUCUCUAGAUAAUGAAGUCGUCUUUACUAGUUGUAAAAGUGAGUGCACUGAAACUAUUCUUUACAAAAUAUUGAAAAAAAUUUGUCAAAUAAGACGAAUUUUUGUGAUAUCCAACCAAGAAGAGUUUAAAAUCUACUGUAAGUUGAAGUCUUAAAAGUUGAUGACAAAAAAGAAAAAAAAACUGGGUUGAAUCUAGUAAUUUUAGAACCUGAUAAUUAGAAUGUUUAUCUGCUUUGUUUUAAUUUGUUCAUAAACUUCACAAAACCAGAUGUGCAUCAGUUGCAUCUACAUGUAAAGAGUGGAGACUUCACAUGAUUGAUUUAACUCUCAAGUCGCCCGCAAAAUCGACUUUUUCCUAAAUUAGUGUCUUUUAUUUCUUUGACUUCUCUUAAUUACAAGUAGUUUAAAAAUUCUAUCUAUCAUUAUCUAUUGUCGAUUUCAUUGGAAAAAGCCAAGGUCAGGUUUUUUUCAUUUUUUUGUUCACUAUUGUUUGUUCCUGUCGUAGUCUGAGUAUUGUUCUUCGUCUUAUUUAGCUCCGUGAUCCAUAUGAAGCUAAAUCGUUGUCGUUAUCUUUUGCUAGAUUAUUGUCCCUUAGUUUGGAUUUCUUUGAAUCCUGUUUCGGUGAAGUUAUAGGUUCUUAGUGAUGUAUUUGUCAUAAAUUAUAAUACUAACUUAAAACUAGUGGUUUACCAACUUGUCAUUUUCGUAUUUUGUUAUGUCAUGUUAAUAACAUCGUUGUGGACUGGGACUCAACUUCUCUGUUAAGAUUCUUCUGGGUUACCUGUUCAUUUUUUGUCGUAGGUCCUAUGCAUACAUUUUGGUAAUACUAUAUGUUUUAUAUUACCUGGUAUUAUGAGCAUUAUUUUCCUUACUUUUCUUACUUUGAGAACAAAAGUUUGAAAUAAAAGUAGUAACGAAUCAGUUGUUACAUGUUACAUGUUAAUAUGUUGGUAAAUUACAGAAGGCGGUAUAGUAUGUUGUUUGAAUCAAGCAGAUUUUCGUUUUUCUUGGUUACACAUUUAUUAGCUGUCGUCGAAACUAACUUGAAGAAAACACGUCGUCUGAAUGCGUUAAAUAAUACAGACAAGGAUAACACCAGCUUACCGAUUAAUAUUGAAUUAAUAUUAUUACAAAGAACACUAUGCAAAGACAACAGUAGCAAUUAAAUAACUAUCAAGUUAAUGGGUUAGUUUUUUAAGUUGUAAAUCUACCUUCUCGUCAAGCUUUCGUUCUCUAUUUUUAAGAACCCUAAUUUUUUUACUAACUCAACCUUUCUUGUUAGUUUUAAGAGGCACUGAAUUUUUGUUAUUGAUUCCAUGAUAAAAAUUUUAACCGGUGUGGCUCCUUUUAGUUCGUUUUUUAGUAGUAUUAAUAUUGUUGCAUCGUGAGCUAGUAGAAAACAUGGUUGAAAUUAGGAAUCUUUAAUGAUGGCAAAUAAAAAACAUUAUGAUUUUUAAA